CAGUCCGACAGAAGAUCCUCGGGGGUCGUAUUGGAAUUUUAUCUUUUUAUCCCAUUUAUUUUGCAUAUUUAAUGAAUUAAAGUUAUCUGUGUGAACUAUGUCCUGGUUAUUUGGGUAUAGUACGAAACCUCCGCAGCCGCCAACCGAUGACCCGUCGGGUAAUAACGGGGGUGCGGCGGCACCCCCAGUUAACCUCACAAAAGCAGAAAAGAAAGCAAUGGAAGCUUAUCGGUUCGACUCCAGUGCUCUCGAAAGAGCUGCACAGGCCGCUAAAGAAUUGGAGCAGUCCAGGCAUGCGAAAGAUGCUCUGGAGCUCAGCAAACUACAAGAAGGCACUCGGCAACAAGAGCAAAUGGCUAAGAUCAAAGAAUAUGAAGCGGCCAUAGAGCAGUCCAAGGUGGAGCAGAAGAAAGUUGACUAUGAAGAAAGAAGAAAGACCUUGCAGGAAGAAACAAAACAACACCAAAUGAGGGCGCAAUAUCAAGACCAAUUGGCAAAGAAGCGUUAUGAGGAGCAGCUAGUCCAACAACAGAGGUCACAAGAUGAAAUAUUGAAGAAACAAGAAGAAAGUGUUGCAAAGCAAGAAGCUUUGCGUCGCGCUACAAUAGAACAUGAAAUGGAACUCCGCGAGAAAAACAAACUUAAGGCUAUUGAAGCCGAAGCGAGAGCAAGGGCAAAGGCUGAUAGAGAAAACCGAGACAUCAAUCUUGAACAGAUCAGAUUGAAGGCUGCUGAGAACCGUACUACUAUUUUGGAGAGCAUAAAGACAGCAGGCAGUGUGAUAGGCACGGGGUUAAAUGCAUUAGUGACAGAUUGGGACAAGACGUUGGCGGCAGCCGGAGGCCUGUCACUUGUAGCGCUCGGAGUUUACACGGCCAAGGGAGCCACUUCUGUCACUGCAAGAUUCAUUGAAGCUCGAAUUGGUAAACCAAGUCUCGUAAACGAAACAUCGAGAUUCUCUCUCCUGGAAGCGGUGAAGCACCCGAUCCUGACGGUGUCGAAGGCCGUGGCGAGUUUCCGCAAGCCGUCGGACGCGCUGGCGGGCGUGGUGCUUGCGCCCAUGCUGGAGCGGCGGCUGCGCGACAUCGCCAUCGCCACCAAGAACACGCGCAUGAACAAGGGCUUCUAUAGGAAUCUCCUCAUGUACGGCCCGCCUGGUACCGGCAAAACGUUGUUCUCUAAGAAACUGGCGAAGCAUUCGGGCAUGGAGUACGCCAUCCUGACGGGAGGCGACGUGGCGCCCAUGGGCAAGGACGCCGUCGCCGCCAUCCACAAGGUCUUCGACUGGGCCAACACUAGCAAGAAAGGCGUACUUCUAUUCAUCGACGAAGCCGACGCAUUCCUUAGGAAACGUUCCUCGGAAAGGAUAAGCGAGGACCUGCGGGCGGCGCUGAACGCGUUCCUGUACCGCACGUCCGACCAGAGCAACCGCAUCAUGCUCGUGCUGGCCUCCAACACGCCGCAGCAGUUCGACUCGGCCAUCAACGACCGCCUCGACAAGAUGAUCGAGUUCGGCCUGCCCGGCCUCGAGGAGCGCGAGCGGCUCAUCCGCCUCUACUUUGACAAAUUUGUGCUCCAGCCCGCUUCUGAAGGAAAGAGACGGCUGAGCGUGGACCAGUUCGACUACGGCGAGCUGUGCAGCCUGCUGGCGGCGCGCACGGCGGGCAUGUCGGGCCGCGCGCUGUCCAAGCUGGGCGUGGCGUGGCAGGCCGCCGCCUACGCCUCCGACGACGGCCGCCUCACGCGCGACAUGUGCAUCGAGAUCUGCGACGACGCCGUCAAGGAUCACCGGCAGAAGAUGGAAUGGCUGUCGUCCGAGGAAAAGUCCAGAAGCAUGAUGCCGUAUUUGUUGGACCUUCCUCCGCUGGACACAGAGGCGCAGGGCUUGACCAAAGCCACGGUCACCGAGAUCCAAGACAAUGUAGAAGCUCCCGUCUCAAAAUCCAAAUCUUCCACCAAAAAAAGAGCCACAAUCAAAGAAAACGAGACCGACAAGUGACACAGUCUAGUUCCGAAUAGCGAACAAGAAAGGCCAAUAGAACUUACACAAGUAAACAUCAGCGAAACACAAGUGAACUGUGAUAACAAGCACAAACAGACGUUUGACUUCAAAAUUUCCAGAAAGAAUCAAUUUAUAACAUUGUCGGACCGUGAUAUGGAAAAGCUCUGCUGGUUAUCACAAAGGAUGAAAGGGGUUUAGUGGAAUUAGGAAUAACUGUAAUGACGUCCCAUCAAUAUUGUCCCACUAGGGUUGUCACAACCACCAGUACAAAAACCUGCUUUACUUAGUUAUUUUACUGCUCGAAAAUCUAAUGUAGCUUAGAUUUUUUGCUAUUACGUGUGGUGGGGCGUAAGGUCGCCUAAGACCUUAGAUGGUAGAAAAAUCGAAUUUUACUCCCUUGGUUUUGAUACCAUAUUCCAUUAAAUUGUACGAGGUCUUAGUCCUAUUUUGGUGACGCGUCAUUACAACAGGGCUUUAAAUUACAUUAUAAGUGUGCAGGAUCCGUUAGUUAAAGGGUUGCUGUGUGUUGCUAUUACUGCCAAUAGUCACUAUGAAAACUGUAUUUUUAAAUUGUAUCAGCUGAGACAAGCACUUUUAUAAUCGAAUCUUUUGUUAUUAAAAUCAUCUUGUCAUUAAAGCUCCCAAUCCAAGUCCGAAAUUAUAGUCAUUGCAAAACAUGCUUGUAAGCCUCCGUGUAGAAUUAUCAUAACAUGUUCCUAAACUAUUAUACAAAGCUAUUUUAUAUAGCAUUUAAAUUAUCUCAAUGAGUUAACUGGUUUAAAUGUAAUAUCGUAUAUUAUUCGGUAUAGAUGUGGUUUUAUGUAACGCAAUAUCAAACAUUUUAAAUCUUUAUUAUAAUAUUAUUAACCAAAACAGAAAGUUUGCAUUUAUCCUUUUUUGAUCAUUGUAAUUUGUUUUCUGAGUAUGCCUGCCCCUCUAGCACAACUUGCCUUGUCGCGCGCGAGUCCAUACUUGAAGUCGCGCUUGAUGUAUGGACUCGCGCGCGACAAGGCAAGUUGUGCUAAAGGGUCUGGUAGAUGUAUGUUGGAGUUGAAAUUGUACCAGUAGGUAUAUGUCAAUGAAUCGUAAAGAUAUAAGGUAGUAUGGUCAUUGAUGGAAAACGCAAGGAUUUUAACAUAUUUAGUUAAAUAUGUUCACUCUAAUACGGUACAAAUUGUACAUGAACACUAGCUUGAUACAAAAUUAAAAGCAGUAAUACAUUUCUGAGCACACUGUUCAGCGCAUAUAUUAUAGUCUAAACUUAAUGUAGGGCUUUGUUUACUGUUGUAAAAUUUAUUAGUUCUAUCACACAUAGCAUAUUAUUAGAAAGUUGUUAACCCAUA